CACCAGGAAUCUUUUGCACGGUGACUUAGUAGCGUGAAACAUUUUGCUGUGUGAUGAAUAUGUGGUGAAAAUAUGUGACUUCAGUUUGACACGAUCGUUAUACAAAACUGGCAAUUAUCUCAUCAAAACAGAAUGUUCACUGUUUAUCAAUUUGUGACGGCUGUAAAAUAGCACUUUGUUCCGAAUGAAGAAUAGCUUGUACAGAUCGUCAACGAGUUCGAAAAAUGUCACAUAAACAUUUAUGCGUACUGUUGGUAAUCACUGUGAUUGCAGCACAACAACUACUUGCAGAAGAUGUGCGAAUUCAAAUAGAUAUCGACUACACAAUAGAAGAAGAAGAGGUCACUUUGUCAUGCCCGAAUCCGUUGUCAAUCAAAAGAACCGUAACGUGGUAUAAAUGGGUUGAAAAUGAAUGGACAUAUGUGGAUGAAAUGAAUGACAUUCCCUACUCAAUUGACGAUAACGGUGAUUUGUUCAUUGAAAAAUUGGAUUUUAAUCAUGCUGGAGAAUACUUAUGCAGCGCUGACAAUAUUUCUAGUAAAGACACUUAUGUGAUGUCAUUGGUCGUGAAAAAACGUACAAAAGCUUUUAUCGAACAUGAUAAUAUGAUUGUGGGAAAAAGCAUUACGAUUCGGUGUAAAGUGACUGCUGAUCCAUCAUUGACAUAUAAAGUCGAUUGGAAGCUGAAUGACACAGAAAUGGAUUUAAAAAAAGAAUGGCAUCUCAUGAGAGAAGCAUAUCAUGAUACUCUAAUCAUUAAAAAUGCUGAACUCAGUGAUUCCGGAACUUACACUUGUGUAGUAAGCACUGAUUUCAAGGGAAUGCAAAAUCAAAAUGCUAUUGCUUCAACUACGUUAAUUGUCAGAGGCCCACCCGAAGCGCCCAUAACACAUGUAACAUGUACUCCGUCGGAGGCAAUAAUAGAGUGGAAAUCAAAAGGCGAUAACGGUGCAGAUAUCCAAAAAUACACGAUUGAAUAUCACACAUCAGCCGAACCAGGUAAAUGGAGAACACUUACGCAAGUUUCAUCAAAAAAGUCAUCAAAAUUCAAAUUCUCAAUGAUUCUGCGCUGGACAAAUUACACGUUUCGUGUGAUUGCACACAAUCGAUUCGGGUCAUCGCCACCAAGUGUAGUUACUGAAAUGUGUAUAUCCGAACAGGAUAUUCCAUAUGAAAAUCCACGGGGAGUGAUAGGCAGAGGUACCACACCAACAAAUAUGGUAAUUUCAUGGGUACCAGUACCACCGUAUUUGCAAAAUGGGUCAGGUUUUUACUAUCGUGUGUGUUGGAGGCAAUUUUCAAAUGCGAAAUGGAAUUGUAAUAACGUCACUGAUUGGAGGCAAAAUGAAUUCGUCGUCGAUGGCCUACCGACUUUCACCAAAUACCAAAUCCAAGUUAAAAGCGUGAACGAUAUCGAUGAGAUGUAUAGAGAUGAUAUCUUUAUUGGAUAUUCGGGUGAAGAUAAACCAAUGCAAGCACCCACUAACUUUGCUGUGGUUAAUAUAACGGAUUUUGACACGGCGACCUUGCGUUGGGAUCCUGUUCCACUUGAAACUGUCAGAGGCAACAUCACUCGCUAUGUGAUUCACAUUUGGAAUGAUGUUGAUGGUCAACAGAAUUUAUUGGAAAUGGCCGUUGGAGAUAAAUCUUUUCAGACAACACUCACAAAGCUACGUCGUUCCACUCUGCAUUACGCUCACAUUUUUGUGGAAAACCGUUUGUAUGCUGGUCCAAAAAGUGAUAUUCUUGAAUUUAUGACGCCAUUACCGGAUCCAAGCUCCGUUCAAUCUAUCGAAGCUCAUCCAUUAGGCUCAUCAGCAUUUUUGCUGAAAUGGACCAAACCAUUGCAAAUUAAUGAACAAUUGAUCGGAUACAAAGUUUACUAUGGAGAUUUUAAUGGAACAAGGAAAUAUGAACGAAUCCCACGAAUCAACGAUACUGAAACUACUCAGGCUAAACUUGAUGGAUUAAACCCAAACACUACAUAUCGUUUGCAUAUCGUACCAAUUACGAAUGGCAUCGAUGGAAAAGACUAUUUCAUUGAAGCGAAAACGGAUAUUCUCAAAGAGCCCAUGAAACCAGAUCGACCAUCGUUAUCUUGGAAAAUCAUGAGUUCGAAUGAAAGUGAUAUGAAAGUCAAAGUGAAUUGGAUUCCAGACAUCUCUGGCAAUCCUGGAUCACAUUUCUUCGUGAAAUAUCGCAUAAAGGGCAAAACGGACUGGACUCACAUCGAUCCUAUACAUACAGAAGAUUUCGUGAUUGUGGACAGUUUACUAAGAAGCGAAACAUAUGAGUUUGAGGUUGUAUCGGUUGAUGGUGAUCAAAUGGCCGAAAGUGAAGUCAAAGAAGUGUCUUUUGAUUCAUCAUCUCUCUUUAGCAACAAGACUAUCAUCAUUAUCACAACCGUAGCAACUUUGUAUUUAGUCUUAGCGAUUGGUAUGAUUCGACUAUUUUUCCGAAUUAAAGCAAAUAAAAGAUCAGUUCGAGAAAAAGAGCUAAACUUGAAUAACACAUUCAAAACCAAUAAAGGAAAUCCGUAUCACAUUAAUCCGAAUGAAUUUAAUCUCGUACCCAAUCAAUACACACUUUCACAAAUUAAGCCAAGAUUCGAAGGGCAAUUGAACAGAUUUGGAGGUACCAUCACCUCUGAGGAUGAAUUCCCUCAAACGAAUAUACUGACAAGCAAAUCAAUAAGAAAAGUCGACUACGUGUUGGAGAAUUUCAUGAAUGGAAAUCUUGUAAAUAUCGAUCCACACAUGGCGUUAGAUGAACAGGCCGAUACAUUACCAUAUGAUCAAAGGUAUGAAUUUCCGCGUGAAAAAUUGGAACUUGGCAAGCAAUUGGGUACAGGUGCUUUUGGGGUAGUUUUGGAAGCAAAAGCCUAUGGUAUCGUCUCCAAUGAAGAUCAAACCACAGUUGCCGUUAAAACUGUCAAGAAAAUGGCUGACAAUGAGAUAUUCCGGGCUUUCGCGUUAGAGUUGAAAAUAAUGAUUCAUUUGGGAAAGCAUCAAAAUAUCGUCAAUUUACUUGGAGCGGUAACCAGAAAUAUCGCUGAGCGUGAGCUAAUGAUCAUCGUUGAGUACUGUGAGCAUGGAAAUCUUCAGAGCUUUUUAGUCAAGCAUCGUCAACAUUUUGUCGAUCAAAUAAUUGCCGAAGACGAUCGAAUCGAUCCAAAAAUCACAUGUCGCAAAGUGGAAGCGACUAAUGGAUAUCUUAUUCACACCAGUCAAGCUCCAUCGUCAGCACGUUCUAUUACAACUACCGAUUUGGUGUGUUGGUCAUUCCAAAUCGCGCGUGGAAUGCACUAUUUGGCUACCAGGAAAGUAUUGCACGGUGAUUUGGCAGCGAGAAAUAUUCUGCUGUGUGAAAAUAAUGUGGUGAAGAUUUGUGAUUUCGGUUUGGCGCGAUCAAUCUACAAAACGGGCAACUAUCUCAUCAAAACAGAACGUCUAUUACCAUACAAAUGGCUGGCACCCGAGUCGAUUGGUGACCAUGUAUUCAGCACCCAUUCUGACGUUUGGAGCUUUGGAAUCGUGCUGUGGGAAUUGUUUUCACUCGGCGCUGUACCGUAUCCUGGAUUGAUUGCUGGCGCUGCUUUGUUCAAAAUGUUGAUUGAAGGAUAUAGAAUGGAGCGUCCAGACUUUGCUACACAAGAUAUAUAUGAAAUAAUGUUGUCUUGUUGGAAUGAAAGGCCAGAAUCGAGACCAUUGUUCGAUGAGUUGGCGAGAAAAUUCUCAAAUAUGAUGGAUCACAACGUGUCUGAGCAUUACAUUUCGUUGAAUGAACCGCACUCCAAAGACAAUGAAAAUCGUUUGAAAUCCGUUCACACGGAGUUGAUUGCAUCUUCCCAAAGUCAGUCAUCGCAAAACAGGAAUUCCAGCGUAAUAAAUGAUAAGAUGUAUCGUGCACUCGAUGAAACACAACUAUGCUCACAUUUUUCAACCUUGAAAAAUUCAAUACAAGUUCACAGAACUGGAAAUUCCAAAAAAUCUACGUGAAAAUGGUCCAAUCUAUGGACGGAACCAAUUAUUACGAUUUAUAUGCCAACAGUUUGAUGCUGAGCUGAAAUUGUAUGAGCGACAAAACCAUGACACAUACUCCGUGGAAUACUGAUUUUGUAUACGGAAUAAUUCAAUUGAAAGAGAAAAUAAGCUGGAGAUGGAAUAUUGUGAGAGCUAGACUGAAACCGCAUGGGGAGGAAAUAGCACCAGUUUUCAAACUUGGCGCGCUAUUUAGAUUCGAUUUGAAAUUGUAUAUUAUAUUGGCUUGCCCUUUGGAAUUGGGAGCACUGUAAUCGCCUCAAUUUACUCUGACUUUAUUGCUCGCUGUACACCAGCCGCUGUAUGACUGAAACAAAAAUGAACCGAAUGCUGAUAGAAAUUAGUGGACUUUAAAUGUUUGUUAUUGAUAAUG